GUGGAGUAUCUGAAAGCAUUCCAUCCCCCACUGCUGAUAGUGCAGUGAGAGAAUCAGCCACAUUAUCAAUACAACACACAAAACCACUGAAAGAAGCAAACAUUGAAAAACAUGGUGGCUCUGUCAUGACUGGACAAUGUGGAGUAUCUGAAAGCAUCCCACGUCCCGCUGUUCAAGGGCCAGUCAGAGAAUCAGGCACAUUCACAAAGCAACACACAGAAUCAUUCAAAGUAGCAAACACAGUGAAAGACAACGCCUCUGUCAUGACUGGACAGCUUGGAGUAUCUGAAAGCAUCCCAUCCCCCACUGCUGAAGGUGAAGUUGGAGAAUCAACCACAUUCAUAAAGCAGCAUACAGAAUCACUCAAGGUAACUAACACAGUAAAAGACAAGGCCUUUGUCAUGACUGGACAAUCUGGAGUAUCUGAAAGCAUCCCACCUCCCGCUGUUGAAGGUGAAGUUGGAGAAUCAACCACAUUCGCAACGCAGCAUACAGAAUCACUCAAGGUAACUAACACAGUGAAAGACAAGGCCUCGGUCAUGACUGGACAAUGUGGAGUAACUGAAAGCAUCCCACCCCCCACUGCUGAAGGUGCCGUCGGAGAAUCAACCACAUUCUCAAUACAACACACAAAAUCACUGAAAGAAGCAAACAUUGAGAAAAAUGAUGGCUCUGUCAUGACUGGACAAUCUGGAGUAUCUGAAAGCAAACCAUCCCCCACUGCUGAAGGUGAAGUUGGAGAAUCAACCACAUUCGCAAAGCAGCAUACAGAAUCACUAAAGGUAACUAACACAGUGAAAGACAACGCCUCUGUCAUGACUGGACAAGGUGGAGUAUCUGAAAGCAUCCCACCUCCCGCUGUUGAAGGUGCAGUCGGAGAAUCAGCCACCUUCACAAAGCAACACACAGAAUCACUCAAAGUAGCCAACACGGGAAAAGACAGGGCCUCUGUUAUGACUGGACAGCUUGGAGUAACUGAAAGCACCACAUCCCCCACUGUUGAGGCUGCUGUUGGAGAAUCAGCUGCAUCAUUUGUAAAACGAGAGCUUGCAAAGAAUGGUGUAAAUGGUUAUGACAUCCCUCCAGAAGACAAGAUUUGCAACAUAUUGCCAGUGCUUUGUCCUAGAGAGGGAGAAAAUGUCCACUUUGAGCAAACCCAUGUGCAAAUACAAAAUUUAAGUAAAUGUGUUGCAUCUGAAAUGUAUCCAGUUGACUUAAAUGGACAGAGCACACCGAGUUCUCACUUGAACAAUGUACUAAAACAGACUGAAAAUAUUUGGAUACCGGAGCCUCCCACUGAACAAUCAACACUAAUAUUUGCUCAGCAUAUGCCAAAUAGCCAAGAUAAUCAAUCAAAGCAUUCACACAGUACUUCUUACUUGACAGAACACACAACUCAAAACCUAAACAAAAAUGGGAAAACAUUCAGUUCACAGAUGACAGUCAAGGCCCCACAACAUAGAAUUACUGAUAAACAUCCAUGUAAUGAAUCAUCCAUACGAAACUCAAACACCCUGAAAUAUCAAGAGAUCUUACAAGGUCAUGCUAGCAUCCAGCAAUGCCCUUUUGACAAAACUAUAGCCAGUAAUUCUAGUAACCACUUACUGGAUACUGAGGGAAAUACAGUAGGUGAAGAUGGUUUAAUUCAGAGGGGGGAGCACAAUGGCAGUGCUUUGUCCAUAACAUCAUGCCACAAACCACCAGAAUUCAAUGCUGUACUUCAAGUCCAGGCAGACCAACAGCGAGAACAUUUUCAGCAUGCUGAAUUAAAUGUGUCACAUCUCUCCCAAACAAAUACCAAACAAUUUAACACUCAAGGACCUAAGUACAUUAACAAAAUUGAGUUGGAGAUUUCAUGUAAUGGAAAGCAUUCACCUGAUGUAUCAGAGGAAAUGUUACAGAGUGCACAUCAGUUAUCCAGCCAAGAGAAACCUAGCUUUCCGUUGUGUAAAAAGACUGUGCAACAAUCAUCAGGAGUGACAUCAAAUCUGAAAGUUACAUCUGUUGAUGUAUGUGGGCUUAUGAAGGCUCAAUGGCAAUUAUCAAAAUGGACAGAAGACAGUGAUUCAAGGGAUGAUUCAAACUUAAGUGGAGACACAAGUAGGUUAGCUCUCACUAAACCCAGAGACUGCAGAGACAACCGAAUAGCUGCUAAUCAGAAAAUGAAGACAAAGAAGUUCAGAAGGGCUCAGGUCAUGGCUCCUCCCAGUUCAUCAAGUGAGUCAGUACCUGACUCUUCUUCAACUGAAAGUAUUCCAGUGAAGAUGCGUCAGUAUAGAUCUUCUGCCAGGACCAGACCUGAACCUCAGGUUGGUAAACAAGAAGAAUCAAGACACGUCAGAUUACACCCACAGUUUAGUGAGGACCAAAAGUCAAAAACACGCUCCAGUCAAAGUCAAACUUCACUGGAGAGGAAAGUGAAUGAGAGCAGUGUUUUACAGUCUCCUAACAGUAGAGUCUCACUUUCAAAUGCAAAAUUGUCCUCUGCUACUGUGCCUAUUCAACAACAUGAUGAUAAACAGAACUUUGUCCUUACUCAAAAGGAACAUAGACCUACGGAAACAUUGAAUUUGAGUGAGAAAAAAGCUAAUUUCAAUGUUGUUUCACCCGUAAAUGGAAACCAAUGUAAAAUCACAGAUGAUACCCAUUUGAAACACAUUAUAAAUGUGUCUAAACAGUUGAGCGAUACCCAAUUGGAUAAUGAUAUGUUGAAGAAAGAGGACGCCACCAUGCAAUUUGCGUCUAUCGACAUCAAUCCAUUCAUUCACCCGUGGCAAGACACAGAGCCCAAUAAAGCAACCUACAAAAACCAAGUGUUUGGAAGUGCGGCUGAGAUCUGCAGUAAAUACCCACUUCUGAAUUGUCCUGACAAGCAGAUGACUAGAUGUUGCAGUGUGGACAAUGGCCUCAAUGUUCAGAACUCCCCAUUUAACUCCCAUCUUAGCACUUAUGCAAACAGUAAGGGACUGUCCAGUACACUCAGCAGCAUGGAAGAUUUGAAAGAGCAGGUCAGCACUCAGUCUCAUGUUAUGGCUUGUCGCCAAUCAUCUUUAGAUGAAAAUGGACAGAACCUGACUACGGCAUCUUGCAGCUCCUCUUACAGUGGUGCCUCUGGGGAUUUGGGGAACAGUUCAGGUCUGGUGGAUGAAAUUAUGUUGGUUUAUCCUUCUCAACAAGAGUCCCAGGGCUUGGGAAAUCAAAGCAUUAGUAUGUGUGACCACAGCACUCAGACAAUCACUCAUGGUGUAGACGUGAAGAGAAGAAGGUGCCAUCACCGGAGCAGCACUCAGGUUGAGACAACUUUGCAGGGAAAGGUACCUGCCACUUGGGCCAGUCUUCAGAAUAUGUCGGCUCAUCUGUCCGAGCUGAUACACAACACAUCCGAUCUUCUGGGGAACAUUCAGGGCAUGAGGAAUGGAUCUGUCCAAAGGCAGGAGCACAUCCGGAAGACCAGACAUCCCAAUCAAACCAGCAUGAAAGAUGGCUCAACCCAAACAACACUGGAUAUUGGGAUACAAACUGAGGAGAUGGACACACAAGUGGACCACACUAAGAGCACACACAAAGCUCCAGUUACAGACACAAAUUCCAAAGCCCAUGAGGUAAAUGUUAUUGUCAAAGUCAUUGGCCCCAAUUCUCUCAGUGUAUCUGAGGGCGAUGAUAUCACUCUUUCUUUGUACGACAGAGGGAGUGGUAGAUUCUCUGAAAAUAUCAAGAGCAUGCCUGACUUACGAGAAAAUAGACCCCCUUCUUCAGGACGGUUGCAUCCUAAAGGCACCCUUUUGAAAAUUCCCUCUCUAGAGACGGUGUUGCCAAGUGACCGCCACAUUACCCCCGAUGUCUCUCCAGUUUUCCCCAAAGACCUGAACUUUGACAAAGUCUCCCCUUCAGGUUUUGGAUUAUCGACAGUUAGAAGGUGCUCUUCACAGAUAGAUGUUCCAGAAAGUCAAACACCAUGCAGACGUACAAGGAAUUAUUCUUGCAAGCAAGUUAGCUUCACUGACCGUGCCUCCUCUCCUAUUCUCACUGUUGAGGCUGGUGUAGGAGGCCGGGAUAGAAGAACCUCGACACCAUAUCAUGACUUGGCCGAAAGGCAUGAAAGGCACAACCAUACUGAAAAACAGAUUUACACCAGCAAAAUGACCUCUCCUAGGACUGAGCAAUUUCAGACUACCUCUACUAAAAGCAGCCCAGGAGAACUACAUGAUCAGGAUCUUAGGAAGACAUAUAGUUCUUCAGAUAUUUCAAUUGGAACUAUCUCUACUGGACAUAUUAGUGACCUCAGUAAAUCUACUUCAGAUGUUUCUAAUGGAUCCUCGACCAACUCUCAAAUCAAGAACCCGAAUUCCAGAACAUUUUCUCACAGAAAUACCAGUGAAAAAGGAACUGGUCAGGCUCCUUUUCAAACACCUCCCUGUCCACAAAAUCUAAAAUGGGUGCCUUCUCCUUCUCAGUCUACCUCCUCAUACCAACAGCCUCUCCAUGACAGACAACAGAGACAGCUAUUCUCAUCAUUUGACAAUCAGAGAGGACUCGGCCACCAACUCACAGAAACCCCCCACAGAGUGCCAGACAAUCUGAGAACAUUCUGGAAUGGACCAUUUGAGCUGGCAGACACCAGUCAGCAGCACACACUUCAAUAUCAGGACGAUGACCUCAUGUCAGUCACUCCAAGUGAUUGCAACACUGAUGUUUUGGUCAGUAUAAACCCCCUCACUGAAAAUCUGGCCCUGGACAAGCAGCAACUUAUCCCUGAUGACUUACCACUCCACAACAAGUUCAGCAACUGGUCUGGCCUUAGUCAACAGCGACCCCCAAGGCUCACUGGCAGCCCCCAGAGGUUUGAUGACAAAGGCACCCCAGUGCAGAAUCCUCAAAGAAACCGUGUUCUGUCAGAGAGUUUGAGCUCCAGUUUUAACCCUGACCCUGGGACACACAAGGGUGACCGGAUGAGGGAGAUUGAGCGGCUGCGGAAGGAGAGAGGGAAGGUGAUGGCUAGUGUCCAUUUGGAGAUGAACCCCCACCAGCUCACCGUGGAAAUGGCUGAGGCCAAGUUGCAUUAUGGGUUGGGCGAGACAGAUGCCCUGCUGAAGGUGCUAAAAUCCGGCCCCAGGGAACAGUCGCCACCUCUCACCAAGCAGCACCUGUAUGACAAGCAUAGAAAGAGUAUUGAGGGGCUUAAGCAGGAUCGAGAAGCACGUCUGCAGACGUGUCGUCGUGCUCGCAGUCUCAGUCCCAGCAAACACGGCAGUGUUUCCAAUCGUGACCCAGACUCCUCCCCCAAGAUCAGUGACACACCGACGCGCAGACGGGGGUACCUUCAGCAGCUCCGCCAGGAAGUGGUGAAGACUAGCAGAGUCCCAGAACCUCAGAGGAGGGAGGGCCAGUGUCCCUCUGAGAUUGAGAUCCUGCUGCGGGACUACAGCCGUGCACGUGAGGAGGCGAGGACAGAGAUCGCGCGUGCACGGGAUCGUCUACGCGAGCGCACAGAGCAGGAGAAGAGACGGCUGCAGCAGCAGACUCUGUCUCAGGUGGUCCAGGAUGACUUGCGAACUCGUAACCGUGUGAGCAACAGCACACUCUGCACUGGCUCCAGCCUAAGCCUGGCCUCCAGCCCCACCUCAGGGUACAACAGCAGCAACCCUGUCAUCAUCCGAGACAUGCCGGUCACCGCCGGUGUACUUGAGAUGGGGUCCAAGGUUGUUGCCAGGCCUCCUAUUGGUGGAUCCCAGAGUAUGAGGUCCCAGCGUACAUGGACGUCCGCCCAGGAUAUCCGACUGGAGUUGCAGGGCUCAGGAAGUGACCCUCGUCCGUCCAACUCCCCGUCCUCUCCUCCAUCCCUCCGUCCACGCGCCCUCUCGUUUGGCUCCCCCUCCUCUUUGGCCACGGCCUACCAGGACAUCGCCUCUCAUGCCCUCACUCACGCUCUGGCUGAAGUCCGUUUAGCCAGUGCUGGAGAGUUACGCAACCUGCUGGCAGGGAAGAGUGCUGCUGGAUGGAGGCACCAGGGUUCCGAGCGCGGGGUGCAGGUGUUCCACAAGCCGGGCCCCAGGGCCACUGUGCACGGCUUUCUGGGGGCCAUGGAGCUGCAGAAGCCUGUGGAGAGCCUGUGGAGCGUGAUCCGAGACCACUCCAAAGCCCAUCUCUACAACUCCUCCGUCAGCUCCAGCUGGACCCGAGCACUGGACGAACACACUCAGCUGGUAUACAUGCUGAGCCACCCCUCCUCCUUCAACCUGAAACAACCACGAGAUUUCUGCUGCAUCAGCACAGAGGCAAAGCAGGACGAGCGCUGGGUGAUGGCCAUGCAGUCCGUGUAUGAGGAGUCUCUGCCGCGGCCCAGCGUAGAUGCCGUCCGAGCCGAGGUGCUGCCCAGUGCCUGGAUCCUGCAGCCCAGCCGCAAGCAAGGCCAAGAGCAAGUCACUGUGAUUUACAUGCUGCAGGUGGACUUGGGUCCUCCCGCCAUUCCUCACAGACUAUUAGGUGCUAUUGCUCGAAAACAGGCCUCUGUCAUUGCUGAGCUUGAUGCCUUUUUUUCCCUGUGAAAGGGUGGCCUGGUCAUGCAGCCUCAUGCAGCAUUAUGCACAAAAGCUGCAGAAGAGUCGCUACGCCUAUAGAUACAGCAAACGCUUCUGGCUAACUAUGGAGCUGUAAGGAGCAGCAACAGCUUCUUGUUAAGCAUGCACAUCCACUAUAGCUACAAGAUAUGAGUUCAGCUGCAUGGUACAGUAUACACCAGUUUAGCUAUAAAUAUUUGAUGUAUUUUUGUGUGUCUACAUCUGUAGUUUGCAGCUGUACAUAUGAGCACUUCUACGUAUGUGCAGAAGGGCUUGUAAUGUCCUCACUGAAAUUUGCACCUCUUUGUUUUUUUGUUCUUUUUGACUAUGUAAUUAUUAUGUGUUUCCGUGACUUGAUUCUAUACCCGCACUGAUGGAAUGUACACAUUGUGAAUGAUCUGUCUUCCUGGUUUCUAAUGAAGUGUUUUUAUACUGGAGUUAUAUCUAAAUUGUUUUCAGUCACUUGGUGCCAAAGAGUAGUGUAGUUUCAUGUUGUUUACAAUAAUUGUCUUAAUAAUUGCCUUAAUGUUCUCCAUAUGUUAUGACUCCAAAGUGCUCCUUAUCACUCAGCAUAAUCCAUGGUUAUUCAUUGCACAUGAUCAGAGGAUCUGAGAUUUUAAAAGCCUGGUACUUCCUAAACAUAGUAUAGCUGUUAAAAAAUUGUGAAAAUUAGUGUUAUUUGGUGAUUAUUCAGUUAUUGGUAAUAUCUAACUUAUAUUGUAAAUUUAAUUCACAGCUAGGGACUGAACAAAUGCUUUUAUAUAUAAAGGCUUGUGAAAUAUCAAGUGAUGUAGUUUGAACAGGCAAACUUGUAUAUUUUGCCAUGUUGUUAGUCACAUGCAGUGUAAAAUGUUUAUUUUAGCCUGCAUGAACAACUAUUUUGUAAUUUACCCACUCAAUCUCCUACGUCUAGUAGAAACAAACCACUUCUUACUGUACAAAAACCACUCUCAAGGAUCAAAUACUUAAAUUUGUGCACUAAAAUAUAUGAUUAUAUUUGUAAAGAUCUAUUUUUUAAACCGAGACCUGAUAAGCUUAUUUUAUGUCUUUUUUUUAUCAUAUUUAUGAAUGCCGUCAGUAUUUUAUGUUGGUUUUGUGGCUAGUCUGCGAGUCAGUGGAAUAGAAGCUCCAGCUGUGUGCAAUUAAAGGCCACCAGCUAGCUCUUACUUUUGCGUACCAUUCCAUUUGACAAUAAAAGUUAAAUUAGAUGUCGACGGACCCCUGAUAGCAGUUUUUUGUCAAUUCUUAUCAGAGUCUUAAUUAAAUAGUUAUAGAGAUCUGGAAGCUUUUUUGUUGUUGGAGCACUGUCUUGAUUCCCCCAGUGAACCCAAAAAGGACCUAGAGGUCUCCAUUUCCUCUGGGGCAGGAAAAUAUGCAGAGGAAUUGUUCUCCUUUAAUUUAGAAUAGACGUUACAAGAUCAUUGUACAACCGUUAAAUGAAUCUGUACAUAUCUAAAAAUGUAGCAUUUGACAGAAAUGUGCACCAUUUUAAAUAUAUGUAAUUUAUCAUCUGUAUUUGUGGUAUUUCCUCUGUAUCUAAAUAUUUUUAUACAUCUACAGAAUGUUUAAUUUAUGUGCACAAGUGCAUUAUUUUCUUAAAUACACAGACUUUUCUCACAUAGAUUGUGCCUUUUUUUCCUCGUUUCUUCAGUCUCCUUUCUUCAUUAGCUGUUGUG